UUCUGAUAAGACAAAUUCAAUAAAUCUUUAUCUUCAUUGCCGGGUUGCCGUAACUAUAUUUCAUAACUUUGUCCGCUUCUGAUUCUGAAACAAACUACCUAUUAAAUUUUGUUGCAUCACAUUCACAUACCGAAAAUGAAAAUCGUGAUUUUUGGAUCCACUGGCAUGACUGGCCUUUGCGCAGUCGAGGCAGCUGUUAAAAAAGGCUACCAUGUCCGCGCUUUCGUCCGUGACGAAGCGAAGAUGCCAGCUGAGCUGAAGGACAAAGUAGAGCUCUUCGUUGGCAAUGUGUUGGAGCCCGACUCCGUAUCUGAUGCCGUCGACGGCAUGGACGGUGUGGUGGUAGCCCUCGGCACCAGAAACUCCCUGGAACCAACCUCGGACAUGUCCGAAGGCACGAAGAACAUCAUUGAGUCCAUGAGAGCUAAGAACGUCAAGCCGUUGUCUGUUUGUCUGUCUGCCUUCCUGUUCUACGAGCCUGAGAAGGUCCCUCCAAGGUUUGUUGACCUGAAUGAGGACCAUAAGAGGAUGUAUGAAGCUGUGAAGGAAAGCCCUCUUAACUGGGUCGCUGUGUUCCCCCCUCAUAUUGCUGAUGAGCCAAGCCGCGAAGUGACGGUGACCAUCAACCCUACCAGUUCUCCUGGCCGCUCCAUUUCCAAGAGAGACCUGGGCACCUUCCUCGUGGAGUCUCUAUCUGAACCUAAAUACUUCAAAUCUGUCAUCGGUAUUGCUAAUAAGUAGAAAUUCUCUUAUUUAUAAUAUAAGUAGCCAACUGGACUAAGAAGGAAACUGUAUGAGUGCCAUUUUGCAACUUCAAUUUUUGCGCCGCUAGAGGCGCUGUUAUCGCAUUAAGUCCAAUGACUGCGUUUCUCAGUCAUGUUUUGAACAUUUUGGACAAGUCUAUGCUGUAUUAGCACCUCUAGAAAGCACAAAAUUAUGAAAAUCGUCACUGAUUUAUCCUCCAUAUUAUGUAAUUUCGCACAAAUGAAUGGACCUAAGGUCAAUUUAUGUAGGUAAGGUAUAUAAUACCGAAAAACACAAAGCGAAAAGAAAAAACGUGAAUUGAUUCCGUAAUAUAUCACGGAUUAAAUAGAUAAAGAUACGAAUUAUAAUUUUACUGCGGAUUUUACCGACUUCCCUAAUACUUCUUAGUCUGGUGUUUUAAAAAGAAAUCGUUAUAAUAUGCAAAUUAUUUUUUAAAACAACUUUACAAGUAUGUUAACAAUAUGUUGUAAUGCUGAUAUAGAUUCCAUUAAAUAAAUUCAUAAGAACAUGUGUACUUGUGUAAUGUGACGACAUUUAAAAAUGUGUAUUCAUGAUACCUGUGUCACGUGUUUAUUUUAUGUUAAUUAAUAUUAUAAAAUUAUAAGGUGAAAUGUAUUCCCGAAACUGGUAUAGUACAACUCAUAGCUUGUUAUUUCAUUGUGAAUUCAAUUCAGAUAAUAUGUAUGUAUGUGUUCCAUUCAAAUCAGCAAUUUUGUAUACAUUUAGUUAAUUACAUUAUGCAGACAUUACGUUUUUCUUUAUAUAGUGGCAUAAGGAAUGCUAGUUCCAUUAGUUUUGUAAUCAGUUUAUUGUCCGGCACAAAACAUUAAUUUAAAGUGUAAUUUCUUAUCAGUAUAUUGUGUAUUUGCAUUUAAAUUGUUCGGAUUGUGUAAAAUGGUCGCCUUGCAAUUGGUAGAGCGCAGACAUUAGCUGUAUUACGUAUUGUUAUAAACAAAUAAAUGCAACUAAUACCUCAUUUUAAGGAAAGUAUGUAAAACAACUAUUUUGUUGGUAAUAAAUUUUUUAAUCGUU